ACCAGUGGAGGAUGUGGAGGGAAGGGGCGAGGCUGGGUGAAGCGAAAUCAACGGUAUCUUCUGGUAGAGGAGACUUUUCUCUCUCUCUCCGACGCUUCGUCUUGCCUCUUCCUGGCCUUGCCACUGUUAUAAAGAGCCACCAAGCUGUAAUUCCCAGGGACUCAAGGAGGCUAACAAUAAAUAUAUAACUAACCAAAUCUUGGAAAUUGUAACACCCUGCUGCUCUGCUAAGUGACCUUGGAUUUUGCACGCAUCCCAUUCCUCCUGGUUGGAGCUGAGUGCCUGCAAAACUGAAGAAUUUUCUGUCUUGUCUCCUGUCUGGACCCAUGAACAUUGGAAACUCAUGGUUUUAAAAACCAUCAGAUAGUGAGUGUGAGCGGCAAGGUACGCAGCUAGCUAGAUUGAGCAAUAGAACUGUUGACUCCUUGGAUUAUUUGAUGUGAGACCCAACUGAGCCAUGCUGACUGUGUCUUGUUCUGAUUGUAGCUUUGCCAGAAAGCAGUAUGGCAACUCCAAACUCCACAUCGUUACAAGAUUUGAUUCGGGAAGACUUCUUGACUUGCAAAAUCUGCUAUGACCUGUAUGUGGUGCCCAAGAUCCUGCCCUGCCUGCAUAGCUAUUGCCUUGGGUGCCUUGAUCCCCUGGUGGAGAAUGGGAUUGUGCAGUGUCCUGAGUGCCGCCUGCAGAUAGAUGUCCCAGGAGGUGCUGCAAGCCUGAAGACCAACUUCUUCAUCAAUGGUCUCUUGGAGCUCUUUCAGAUGAAAUGCAACAAGGACCUCAAGUGCACAAUCUGCUCAAAUGUUCAGAAAGUAAUGGCUGCCACCUCCCGCUGCUUGGAUUGCAAGGAUUUUUUGUGCCAGAUGUGUUCCCAGGGUCAUUGCUGCUCCCGCCUAACUUUGCACCAUAAGGUGGUGAACCUGGAAGAAUUCCUCGCUGGGAAUUAUGACAGUGAGGUGAGAUUCUUACAAGAGUUGUACUGCCAGAGCCACCCGCAGGAGGCACUCCACUUCUUCUGUGACACCUGCAGCGUUCCCAUCUGCCGGGAUUGUCGCAUGCUGGACCAUUUCCAGCACAAAGCAGUUUCCAUGGCCAGUGCUGUGCAGCGAGAACGGCCCUCAGUGGAGGAGCUGAUUAGGAACCUGCAGGAAACCAUUACUUCCAUCUCUCAGCAAGAAAAGGCUUUGGAGGAAGCGAUGCACAAACUGAAGGCAGAAGGGGAAUGCAUCAAAGAUCAAAUAUGCAGAUACGUGGAAGAUAUCACUACUUAUAUCUUUGCCCAGAAGGAAUCUGCUUUGGCAAAACUGAACGGCUUUCUAACUAGACAGAUGGAACAGUUUUGUCUUUCACAGAAGGAGUUGCAACUCCAGAAGGACAAAGCAACGAGUACUCAGGAGUUUUCUCAGCGAAUUCUCUGUGUUGGAAAGGACUAUGAGAUACUCUAUUUGGAAGGGUUGAUCAGGAGUAGGGUUGAGGAGCUUCAGGCCUACAGACCGCAACAACUCCAGAGCCAGACCCCGGAACUGUCAAUUGCUUGGGAUGAGCCCCAGCAACUUUAUAAAGCCCCUCUUUUUAGUUUUGUGUUUCCUGGGGAACCAUCCAGGGAAGAUGAACCACAUUUGGAGCCAGGCAAUGAGUCAUUCACUUCUCUUGGUGAUGAGAGUGGGGAGAUUACAGCAUCCCUUUCAGAUUCUGAUGAAAAUUCCUCAAGUGUGUCUGAUUCCUCCACAGAAAGCUCCUCCUCUUACACUGAUGGUCAAUCAAAGGCAGAGUAUAAUUAUAGCUUUGAAGGGGAUCCAUCCUACACCAAAGAAAAGCCUAACAUUACAGGUAUUGCUGUUGUGCCACACACUGGCCAAAUUCUCCUUUUGGAUCAGGCAAAUGAUGAGAUCAAGCAGUAUAGCUCUUAUGGUCAGUUCCAAGGAGUGAUUCCUUUGCCCUCUUCUAAUUCUGCUUUCUGUGGCAUCUCUGUAUGUGGUGAGAGCCUGGCCUGUUCCUCAGAGUCUCAUCUUUUUUUCCUCACGCUUGAUGGCCUUUUCCUACGUAGAUUGCAGAUGAGAGGCUCCGAAUCCUCCUAUGCCUUGGCCUCCUACCAGGACUCUUAUGUGGCUGUUAGUGAGGGAACUCUCUGUUCCAUUUCUUUGUACAGCCCAUCUGGCUGGUGUGUUGGCAGAGUUCAGCCAAACAAUUAUCACGGGGGGAAGUUUCUGUUCAUUGCUGUAAAUAGUUGGGAGGAAUUUGUUGUCUCAGACUUUAUCAAAAAGCAGAUUGUGAUCAUGCAGAAAUCUGGCUUGGUUCUGAAUGUUCUGAAACCCUCGACUUCGCUGCUGACCAAGCCAUUCAGUGUUUGUGUUGAUGAAGACCGGGACAUUUUUGUCGUCGAUCAGUUCAAGGUCAUACAGUUCUCUCCGGGUGAUGAGACUGGGAAAGUGGUGGUGAAUGAUCACAGUAUGGUACAAAGACCUAGAGUCCUGGUCAUCAGUAAUGACAACCUCAUUUUAGUGAGGGAAGAUGGAAUUACUGAUGUCUAUUACCUAUAGGUUGUUAUCAGAAAGUGAAUUAAGUGCCGGAACAAGUGCCGGAACACACUUAACCCUCUUGAUGACAAAAUACAUUUGGAAGGGCCUAUUCAGUGUGUUUGGUGGACACUGGAGUGGGCCUUAAUUUUUUUCUAGUGUGAGAAGUCCCGUCCUGAAUCAGAAUAAGAGAAAAUAGCUCCUACAAUCAGAUCAAUUACAGACUACUGAAACCUUUUAAUGUGCCUGAUAAUGUUAGUGCCUAACCUUAGAACAGAGGUGUCAAACCUGUGGUUCUCCAGGUGUUUGGGACUCCCAACUCCCAGAGCUCCUAGCCAGCUUGUCCAGUGGUCUGGAAUUCUGGCAGCUGUAGUCCAAAACACCUGAAGGGCCACAAAUUUGACACCACUGCCUUAGAAUAUUGGCAGCAAAGCAACAUCUUCAGUGGACUUUCAACCGUGCAUUCACAGAACAUUUCUGAUCUCAUCUUUGUUUAGGCCUCUGGUGUCUGCUGCUUGAAUUCUUAUAUUGAAUUAAGAGCCCAGCCUCUUAAGGAGAAGUGGACUACAUAUUCUUUCAAAUUUACAUUCCCAGUUUCUCUGUCAGUGGUGGUGACGGCAGAAGCUGAAAAUGUUGGGUAGGAUAAAAACUGAUCUUGUCUUUAUUUUCCCCUACAUGUGUAAAUUCCAAGCAUUGGAGUUGGUGUUGUGGAAAUCUUAGUGCUGGCUUGGUGUUUACAGAAACUGCAUACUUAUGUUCCAUGUCCUCUGCCUGCAGUGAUGAUCCAAGGAAAACUGGCUUACUAAAGCUGUUUGGUUUUAAUGUGGGAUGUGAUGAAACUUCAUGAUGCCCAAUGGCGGGGAAAUGUGUGCUGACAUUAGUUUUCCUUGAACUUCCUGCAUUCUAGGCAUUUUGGUUUUUUGAGAUUAGGAUGUACAUUUUCACACAUGCAAAUCUCACCACAAGGAGUAAUGCCUUUGCAUAGCCUCUGAGUGUACAUAUAAAUGCAACAUUUCUGCAGUUCUAUCAAUUUCUGUUGCUUAUAUAUUUCCAACUUAGCAGCUAUUCUGAUUUUGAAGUUGACUCUUCAUAGGAAUCUACUAAAGAGCUGAGACUACUUAUGAUGAUUUCUGGACUUGGAAAUAAGAGACUUAGAAUCUUAUUUGGGAUGGUACACAAAUAUGUAAGAGGGGCUAUAUGUAUGUCCAGCCAAUGCUUACAUUACAAUCUUUUUGCAGCUCAUCAUGGUAGAAAACUAGCUGUUUGAUGUGCCUAGGGUUUGCACUUGCAUGCCUCAAAAUAUCUUUACAACUUUUCUUAAAAGACAUGCAUGAAUUUGAAGAGCUGAAUAUUAUUUUUAUCAGCUGUACAUUUUGUAAGGGACCUUUAGUUCUGUUUCUUCAUCAGAAUUCAUACAUUCCUCAUCUCUCCUUUAUUCCUUAUUUGGGUUUUCUGCUUCUGUAUUGUUCUUUUUUUCUCCCCUCUUUUUUCAUUAAAUGUCAGAAUGUUUAAUGAGUGCUGAAGGGUUCAAUAAUGGAGAAAUAAAUGCCCCCUGUGCGUCGCUUCAUUGCACUCCAUUUCUUAUCAGUCUUAAUAUUUUUUACUAGUAUGUGCAUUUGAUAAUAUAAUAAAUCGGAAUUAAUAGUUACUUUGUGGUACUUCUCCUCAUCUCAAACUCUGCUUUACCAGCAAUAUUUUGUAAAUAUUUCUUUCUAAUAGAAUGAGGAUGCCUUUCUAGUCAAUACCUGGCAUUGGUGUCAGUUCAGUUGUGUGUAUUUGUUGUUUGGGUUUAAAAACAGAUUUUAUGGAAACAGACAUAAGCCACAAAAAACACAUCUGAAGUCCAGUACAAUGAGUUCUCUCUAGUUGAUGUUUCCUGACCAAAUAGGAACUUUCCUGCUGGCAUGAUGAAAUUAUAAUAGAGUAUCUUUCAAAAAACAA